GGGCAGAGCGCAUGUAGAGCAGCGAGGUGGGCUCCGGAGUUUUGGCUGCUGGGAUUCUGGGACUUUGCGUGCCUUCUGUUGAAGAGCAGAAACUGACGGUUGUUUAAACCCGUCCAUUCCAGAAACCUUCUUUUGGAUUUGUCCAAUUCGAAAAUAGACGAGCAGCUGUAUUCUUGGUAUUUGAAAGGGGGCUGUCCAAUGAGGCGGGGUUUGGGGAUUAGUGCCGAGUGAUUGCUAACUCUGUCGACCAAUAAGGAUUACUAUCUUUAGGGCCUCAGAAAAAUCUUCAUAACUCCGUCUCCGACUGGAUUAUAACUGUAAUAAUUCCUGAUCCUAUUUUUUAAUAAAAUCAUUUGAUUUUGAAACUGGAGGUCUCAAAAGCGAAGACUGGCAUUCCUCAAAAUCUCACUACGGACUACUCGCAGCCCGAUAAGGAACAAAAGUCCCCUUAUCAAAGAGGCGUCACCCCUGGGUAGGGCCAGCCGCGGUCCCUCCGGCCCCACGGUCUCUAUGAUAGACGUCCUCCCUGCCCAAUGGCUUCCUUCCCUGGAGGCGGGCCUCACAUAGCGGACCUAUAGGAGCCUGCGUCGGCUCAGCCAAUAGGCUCAGGGUAGGGGCGUGGCGGGAAGUUUGAAACUCAGCUUCGGGAGUUGAGGAUCAAUCUGCUUUGCACCCAAAGGUGGAUUGGGGCCUGGCAUCCCCUCUUCGCCCGGGGCGGGCUCUGCCCCAUCCUAUUUCUCCUGCUUGAGAUGGGCUCAGCCAAGAGCGUCCCAGUCACUCCAGCGCGGCCUCCGCCGCACAACAAGCUUCUGGCUCGAGUAGCGGACCCCCGUUCACCCAGCGCUGGCAUCCAACGCACUCCCAUCCAGGUAGAGAGCUCUCCACAGCCAAACCUGCCUUCAGGGGAGCAGCUGGAGGGUCCUAAGCAGGCCCAGGACACAGAUCCCCGCUCUCCUACCCUUGGCAUUGCACGGACACCCAUGAAGACCAGCAGCGGAGAGCUCCAAAGCCCACUGGUGAAACAGCUGAGUGAUGUAUUUGAGACAGAAGACCCCAAGUCAAAUCUUCCCCCAGAACCUAUUCUGCCCCUGGAGACACUGUCAUCUUCUGAACUGGACUUGCCUCUGGGCACCCGGUUUUCCCUUGAGGACCAGAUGCCACCUUGGAGCCACAGUGAGCUCCCUUCCAAGCAGAUGCUUUCCAAGGAGGAAACAGGACAGCCCUCAGAAACCCCUGUGGCCAGCCAGGGCUCUGACAAGCCCUUGAGAGACCCCGAGACGCCUAGAUCUUCAGGUUCUAAGUGCAGCAAACGGAAACCAAACGGCAAAGUGCUAGGAAGAUCUCCUCUCACCAUCCUGCAGGACGACAACUCCCCCGGGACUCGGACAGCACGACAGCUUGCACACUGCCUUUUGCAGGGCAAGCGGCCUUCUCCCCUGAGUGAAAAUGUUAGGGAACUAAAGGAAGGGGCCAUUCUGGGAACUGAACGACUUCUGAAAACUGGAGGACGAGUGUGGGAGCACGGCCAGGGCCAUGACAAGGAAAAUCGGCACUUUCCUCUGGUAGAGAACUAGGCCAGAUGUGGCCCCAGCGCCGGCCUCACCAGGGGCCCAGUGAUAUGCUGUGUCCGCUCACCCCUCCUUUCCCUGGGCGACUGGAAAGGCUCAUUUUCUUCAACUCCCCCUAAACUACCAACUCGGACUGAGAGCUUUCAUGACUUUCUUUUUGUUUUAUGUGUGUCUGUAUGUACAUUAAAGCAAGUGAUUUUAAACGA